AAAGCAACUAAAUGUACACGUUACUGGAGUUUUAAGCCACGGUUUGAAUAAAAAAUAUCUGUUUACAGACCUACACCAGUACAAGCAUGAUUCCAAUCUCACAUUGAACGUUUUGAUGAAAGUACUUUGGAAUCACUCAAAGGGAAAAUCAUUGCCACCCGUUCUGUAUCUACAAGCAGACAACUGUUUCAGAGAAAACAAGAACAAGUUUGUGCUGUCUUUCUUAGAGCUUUUAGUCAGGCGUCGGAUUUUUUAUGAGGUGCAGCUUUCCUUUCUUCAUGUUGGGCAUACCCAUGAAGAUAUUGAUCAGAUGUUCAGUGUCAUUGCUGAUAAUCUCAGGCACAAAGAUGCUGCCACACUCCCAGAGAUGAGUGACAUACUCUACAGUGCAGAAGAACUGAGAGGCUGUUUUGACAUAUCUGGAUGGUUAUCUCCAUGCUUAAAAGGAGUUAAAUACCACACAAGGACAAAUACAUUCAGGUAUAGACUCAAUGAAAUGACCGGAGAUGUCCACAUCUACUACAGAAAGAAUGUGGACCAUUCAUGGAAGACUUUGAACGGCAGUUUCUUUAAACAAAGGGUUGACGGAUCCAUAAUGAUGCCAACAGCUGCACCACCUUUGUUGUUGGCAUCAUUUGAAAAGAUCGAUAUCCAAAAUAUUAAGAAGAGCUUGUCGAUUUGGUCAAAGAUGAUGUCCGUAUCAGAAAAUACAUGGUGGGAAAAGUUCAUUUCAUUGUUGGGUCAAAGUCAAGGAAAUACAAAUAGUUAUUCAAGGAAAGGGGCAAUUUGGUAUCUACCCAAGAUUCCCAACUAUAACCCACAUGCCCUUCAGGACACGGAAAACAACCAUCCUGCUGUCCCUGAAGAUUUACAGAGACUGCUUACAAAUGAAGAUGAAAAUCCAGAGGUCUUCUUGAGUGAUUAGUUUGGUGCCUUUUCCAGAGAUCUGCUUUGCAUGUACUUUGUUCAUUUCAUAUACCAAACAGGAGUAAAACAUGUUAUAUCAGUCCCAAAUUUCUGCUUCUAUCACAUUUUGCUUGAUAUUUCAAUAAUCAUAAAUUCCUUUUUGUCCAAACUGAUAAUUAUGGUCAUUUUCUUAUUUACUGUACUUUUAUUUUUAUAUUUUUUAUCCUUAAAAAUGAACAAAUGUCCAAUGUGAACUUGUAUUUUUAAAAAAUGUACAAUUGAGUUUAGAAUAGUUUAGAGUACUGGUGUUUUUAGAAAGAUUUGGAAAACAGGAGUUUUCCUACACAAAUUUGUGCACUCUGAUAGUGUGACAGCUGUAGUAAUGUAGAUGUUAAAAUGAUGGAGUCACAAUUUAAAAGUUGUAGGUUCCACGUGUAAGAUUAAUGUACUUUAUAGAUUCGUAGAUCUGACAAUUAAUAAUGUCGGAAGAAUCAUGGUCUCAUGAUUUAUUUUAGAAAAACAUUUUUCAUGAUUUUUUGGAGAUCAAUGAAAAACAUAUACUUUGAAUCAUGUACAUGUUGGAAUAGGAGAACUGCAUGUUAAUCGUAAUUUGUAGUGUACAAUCCUUGAUAUAAGAAGAAAAUAACUCAAACAACUUAAGAGAAAAUGUUCCUUAAAUUCUGCAUUUGAAGAGAAUUGUGAAAAAGGGUAGAGUAAUAUUUCUCAAAACACUUAGUAUUAUGAUUUAGUUUUACAACUUUUCUAUAAAAAUUUUGAAAGAGAGGAACGUUCCUCAAAUAAAUGCUUGUUAAUAUUUUGAUCAUUUGAAAUUGGGAGAGGAACAUUCCUCAAAUGAAUGCUUGUUAAUAUUUCAUUUCAAUCAUUAGAAAUUGGGAGAGGAACGUUCCUCAAAUGAAUGCUUGAUAAUAUUUCAAUCAUUAGAAAUUGGGAGAGGAACGUUCCUCAAAUAAAUGCUUGUUAAUAUCUCGAUCAUUAGAAAUUGGGAGAGGAACGUUCCUCAAAUGAAUUCUUGUUAAUAUUUCAAUCAUUAGAAAUUGGGAGAGGAACGUUCCUCAAAUGAAUGCUUGAUAAUAUUUCGAUCAUUAGAAAUUGGGAGAGGAACGUUCCUCAAAUAAAUGCUUGUUAAUAUCUCGAUCAUUAGAAAUUGGGAGAGGAACGUUCCUCAAAUAAAUGCUUGUUAAUAUCUCGAUCAUUAGAAAUUGGGAGAGGAACGUUCCUCAAAUGAAUUCUUGUUAAUAUUUCAAUCAUUAGAAAUUGGGAGAGGAACGUUCCUCAAAUGAAUGCCUGUUAAUAUUUUGAUCAUUAGAAAUUGAGAGAGGAACGUUCCUCAAAACAUUUGAUAAUAAGAUUCAUGCCUGGUUUUUACCAUUUUUCACAGCUUUGAAGGAAGGAGAAACAUUUCUUAAGUGCAUUUGAAUUAAGGAGAGGAACGUUCCUCAAAUUAAUGCUUCCAUUUGUAAGGAACGUUCAUUCAAUCAAUGAAUAAUUAGAUUCAAGAAUGAUUUUCACAAUUUUACUGUGGAGAGGAACAUUUAUUAGAGUUAAUGUUACAAUAUAAAUUCUGUACCUUCAAUUUAUAGGAUGAGGAACGUUCCCCAAACUCAUUGAAUUUGGAACUGUAAAAUAUCUUUAUAGAAAUAAAGAUACGUAUCUAUAUACAAAAGUUUAAGAUUUGUUUGUUAUGAAAUUGUUUGAUAUGACUAGAGGAGUCGCAUUUAAUGAAACUAGAGUCAUUUUGGCUUGAAAUUCAAAAAAUGGGGUCAAAAAAAAGGAAUUUUGAUUUUCCUUUUUUGAUUUGGAUUGUGUUG